UAACUUCCACGACUUCAACCAUAACCACUCUAACUUCUUCUUCAUCUUUCCCCACAAAUCUCAAGCAGCCCUCUUCUCUUCUGUUUCUUUCUGUGAUCCUCGUUAAACACAAAUGGCGAUAUGCUCCUGGUGUUUUCUUCUCCUUCUUGUCGUUUCUUUAGGCAAUCUAGCAAAUGCCACGGUUUUCACUCUCCAAAAUCAUUGCAGCUACACUAUAUGGCCCGGAACUCUCUCUGGAAACGGUGCCGCCACUCUUGGUGAUGGUGGUUUUGUAUUGCCACCCGGUUCAUCAAUCCAGUUUCAAGCUCCACCCAAUUGGUCCGGCAGGUUCUGGGCUCGAACUGGGUGCACAUUUGAUGAUUCAGGAGUUGGAAAGUGCGCUACAGGUGACUGUGGUGGUACACUAAAGUGUACAGGAGGUGGAGCUCCACCGGUGACCCUCGCGGAGUUCACUACCGCCGCGAACCCUGCUGAAAAGGAUUUCUACGACGUUAGUCUGGUAGACGGAUACAACGUUGGCUUAGGUGUAAAGGCAUUGGGCGGGUCCGGUGAUUGCCAAUAUGCGGGUUGUCUGGUGGAUCUUAACGUGAACUGCCCAGCAGAGUUACAAAUGGUUGAUUCGGGUUCAAUUGUCGCCUGCAAGAGUGCAUGUGCAGCAUUUAAUUCACCCGAGUUCUGUUGUACCGGCGAGCAUUCGACACCGCAGACUUGCUUGCCGACGAAGUACUCUGUGUUGUUCAAGAAUGCAUGCCCAACAGCGUACAGUUAUGCUUAUGAUGAUGCAUCAAGUACUUGCACUUGCUCCGGGUCGGACUAUAUGAUCACAUUUUGUUCCAACGGGUCUGGAUAAUUUUGUUGGUUGGUGGGUAAUUGUGAAAUGUGAAUGAUAGUUUCAUUUGAUUUAAAGGGUAAUUUAUAUACAUGAUGGAAAUGUAUUAUGAAAGUUUGUUAUAUUAUUAAUUAUGAGUAAUAACAAUGGAAGGGGGUAUUUUGUA